AUGGUUGACAAUCAUCCUCGAUUUUUACAGAGCUUUCGGUUUUUUUUUCUAAUCCACUGUCUCAUCUGUGAUCUGCACCCCGCCCAUCUCACUCCCAACACCGAACUCACCAGCGUCCAACGCGCCGCCUUCCUCAGCCUGCUUGAGAACGGCGUCUCCCCGAGCACCAUCGCGCGCGAUUUCCAGAUCUCGCGCAACACGCCGCUCGCGCGCGGGCAGACCGUUUCUGCUGAGCGUCAAGACCAAGAGGAGGAUUUGUCGGCGCGGCAGCAUCCGGAGUGGAGGAGUAUGGGGGAGAUUAUGCGGGAUUUGGACGAGGGGGUGUCCAAGUCGACGGUGCGGAAGGCAUUGAUGGAGGAGGGGCUUUGGACGGUGGGUGGGAAUAAUGUGAAGAUGGGGCGGAGGGAGGAGACGGAGAAGACGGAGAAGACGGAGAAGAAUGAUGUAGAGACGAGUCAGUUUAUGCCUGCGUCGGAAGCGAGUGUUGAGUGA